CUUUCUCAAACCAGCAUGGGGAAUGCAGCCACCAAAGCGCGCGAAGCUCACGCGCAGGCCAAGAGCAAGCCGAAGAACAACCGCAGUGUGCAACAGCAGAAACUCAAGUCUGCCAAAGCCACGGGCGUGCUGGCGCUACCGAAUAGCAAGUUGAAAAAACUGCCCCAGGAGUUAUUGGAAGUAUCGACGCUGCGUACGCUCGACCUCACGGGCAACAAGCUGAGUGAACUGCCGUCACAGUUAAAUAAUCUCAGGGCACUCAAGACGCUUAAGGUUUCGUCCAACAUCCUGGAGACACUACCGGACCUGUCGAAGCUCGAGGCACUCACCACGCUUGUUUUGGACGGUAAUCUCCUGGAGGACAUUCCCAAUGCGCUACCCCCGAACCUGACCAAACUCUCACUCAAGGGCAACAAACUUCGUUCGGUGCCUCGAAGUGUGUUGGAACUUUCUCAGCUUCAAGAGCUGGAUAUGUCAGAAAAUUCUCUAGAGACGCUACCUUCGAACUUGGGCGAGAUGCAGGAACUGCAGGAGCUCAAUGUGGACGGCAACAAUCUGUCGGAACUACCGGCUGCUCUAGGGAGAUGUGGCAAGCUUAAGGUGCUGUCGGCCCGUCGGAAUACUCUCGUUGGGCGGUCGGCCGGUGCUGCUGUUCAAUCCAUUGCUGCGGAGCUACUGGGAGAAGGCUCAUCCGUCCAGGUGAUGAACUUAGAAGGCAACCCCAUGACUAAGGAAGAUCUGCAAAGAAUGGACGGCUUUGACGCGUUCCUCAGUCGACGGACGAAGCUCAAGAACAAGGAAAUCCACGGCGGUCUCAACUCGGAUCUGAGUCUUUGUGGGCUCGAAUAG